AUGUCAUUCAAGAUCAUUCUCGCCAGCCUUGCCCUCCUGGCGAUGGUCUGCCUCGGCGCCGACCCCCAGUACCAGAAGCCGCGCGUUGCCUACCCCGUCUGGGAGACGCCCGCCAGCAACCACUGCGGCAGCAGCUCCUUCACCUACUUUGGCGCCAAGGACAAGACGGUCCCCAUCGCAGAUUGCAACAACCUCCUAGCCCAAUGGGACUACGGCCACUUCACUUACGAGCUGUCUCGGUGGGAGAACUCGACGGCGCUCGCGGACCACUUCUUCAUCCUGGGGACCAACGGCAGCUGCCAGUUCGCGCUGAAGAGACUCGACGGCCUUGACAACACAAUCCUGCUUGGAGACCAGGACAUGAAGGACUUGGUCCACAGUGCUAUUUCCAGCUCGCACGAUGGCGUCACCUUCGAGACGGUCGAGGGACAGAUGAAUUGCGACUCGGAUGCUGGCAACGGUGGAGAGGUCAACUUUGAGUGGACCCUGCGGACUCCUGGUAGUACCAACUAG